AUGCGCAGCUCUACCAUCGCAUCCCUCGGCCUGCUGGCAUUCGGGGCUACUGCCUCUCCCUACCGCAACAACUGGGGAAGCUGGGGGCCACAGGGCUACAAUCCCAACGGCAACAACAACUGCAUGAAUGACGAUCAAGCCAAUCAGGUCGCCAACAACUUCAAGGCUCUCAUCGCCGCCUACACCAAUGCCACUGCCGAUGCGGUCCUGACUACGACCGUCAAUGACUACUCGGACAGCGUUAUCGAGCUUAUUGAUGGCGGCUGUCCCACCAGCUCAAACGGUCCACUACCCUACCAGGCUCUCGGGACUGCGACCUUCAGCUCGCGUGCCGCGUUUGAAGCUGGUCAGGGUGGACAGCCGAAUAUUACGUUCAGUCUUUUGAACGUCUGGCACAACUGCGACACGGUCACUCUCCGCUGGCGCUCUUCUGAGCCCAACCCAGGCCCCGUGCCCGCUCCCCCGGCCCAGCAGGAGCAAGUAACCGGCAUCGUCGUGCUUGAGACAACAUUCAACGGCUAUCAGUCUGCUCAGCCUUUCCUCAUUAACACUAUCUACUCCGAAUUCAACUCUGGCGCUUGGCUUUAUGACCUGGGCAUGUUCAAGCCUUCUGGCUGUGGCGGGUCGUCGAAGCGUGACGCCGUUGCUAUUCCGGCUUACUAUGGCGCGCCGCAACUUCAACCCUACAAUCUGACACUCUUCCACUCCAACACCGUCAAGCCAAUUACCACAACGUUCACAGUCCAAAAGGAGCAUCCAUUGGGUCAGCGGCACCCAGCAUUCGCGACACUCCGAGAUCACCGUCGCGUAUACGUUCUUAAUCAAGCAGAUUUAUCGAGCAAUGAAGCUACGAUGAGUGCUCGUCGGCAAAGGACUCGAGCUGCCGUGAGCCAUGCUGGUGGACUCGCCAAGGGACGUCCUCCGACGGCGACGAAACCACCGGCUCGGCCAUCGUCCGCCAAGACUCGCCAGAGCAUUCGAACUUACCAUGAGCUGAACAAGCAGCUCGCCGCAGUCGAGCGGACUGGAGAUGAUGGCGCGGCCGAGAAGCUGAGACAGCAAAUCGCAGAUCUUGGCGGUCUACAAACCUACCAGCUGGCGAGCAUCACGGGCCAAUCUUCGGACCGCGGCGGCGACUCUUCGAUCAUUCUCAUGCAGUGGCUGCAACCCCUCGCCGCGGAAAUGAAAGCUCGAGAAUCCAAGCUGAGGAUGCUAGAGGUCGGGGCGCUGUCCACGCAAAAUGCGUGCUCGAGGAGCUCAAUCUUCGAUAUGGUGCGCAUCGAUUUAUCCUCGCAGGCCGAAGGGAUCGUGCAGCAAGACUUCAUGGAGCGGCCGCUUCCGGCUUCGUCGACGUAUUGCUUCGACAUCAUCUCGCUGUCGCUCGUCUUGAACUUCGUGCCUACGCCGGAAGGCAGGGGCGAGAUGCUGAGGCGAGCGUGCGAGUUUCUGGAUCACAAAGCGUCGCACACCAUGACUGAUGGCUUGGGAAGAGUGUUCCCGGCACUCUUCCUCGUAUUACCAGCGCCAUGCAUUACGAAUUCGAGGUACAUGGAUGAACCGCGAUUGACGGCGAUAAUGAACAGCCUGGGCUAUGCGAUGCUUGAACGCAAACGAUCCGCUAAACUGGUCUACUACUUAUGGCAGCUGCGUGACCGCCGCCCAACGAGUGGGAUGCCCUUUCCCAAAGAGCAGGUCAACCCAGGUCCGGCUCGGAACAACUUUUGUGUAGUACUGCUGCGAGGCGAUGGUUACCGACUGCUACAUCUGCAAAUGCAGAAGCAGAGGCACAUCGACGCCAAGACACAUACAUGA